AUGAAUUUGCCCAACUCCCUAGGGUGCUAUCCACACCAACAGCGGGAGAAAUGGCCACAGGAGAGCGAUACCCCUAUCUCAGUAUGCAGUAAUAGCUGUUCUCCUGGAUAUCGUAUGUCUAAAAUAGAGGGGCAGCCAGAAUGCUGCUAUGACUGUGUCUUGUGCUCUACAGGUGAAAUAUCUAAUACAACAGAUGCUGUAAACUGUAUAAUGUGCCCAGAAGAACAGGGGUCUAAUAAAGAAAGAAACAGCUGCAUCCCUAAGGACAUAGAAUUUCUUUCUUUCAUGGAACCUUUGGGUUACAUCAUUACAUUCUUUGCUUUUCUACUUUCUCUAAUAACUGCUGCCAUUCUUGUGAUCUUUAUCAAGUACCGGAACACUCCAAUAGUGAAAGCUAAUAAUCGGCAUAUAAGCUGCAUUCUCCUAAUAUCCAUUACUAUCUGCUUCCUCUGCACCCUACUCUUCAUCGGUCAACCAACACAUAUAAGCUGUAUGCUUCGUCAGUCUGUGUUUGGGAUUGCUUUUACUGUUGCUUUAUCAUCUGUGUUGGCUAAAACUAUCACUGUUGUUAUUGCCUUUAAAGCCACAAAGCCAAAUAGUAAGCUGAAGAAGUGGUUAGGAAACAAAUUGUCAAACAGUGUGGUUGUUAUUUGCUCUUUAGGGGAAACCAUGAUUUGUUUUGGUUGGUUAGUUUAUUUUCCUCCAUUCCCAGAAUCUGAUACUUAUAGUGAAUAUGGGAAGAUUAUAUUGCUGUGUAAUGAAGGUUCUGUCUCUAUGUUCUUCUGUCUAGUUGGCUAUAUGGGGAUUCUAGCUUUCUUAAGCUAUCUCAUUGCUUUUAUAGCUAAAGAUUUCCCAGAUAGGUUUAAUGAGGCUAAAAAUAUAACCUUCAGUAUGUUGUUAUUCUGUAGUGUGUGGAUAUCAUUCAUUCCUGCCUAUCUGAGCACAAAGGGUAGGAAGACUGUAGCCGUAGAGAUAUUUGCCAUCCUUGUUUCUGGGGCUGGUCUUCUAGGCUGUAUAUUUUUUCCCAAGUGCUACAUUAUUUAUAUUAGAUCAGAUUUAAACCCUCAGCAAACUGUUCUUCGAAAAUGA